ACAGCAAGCACUGCUUCACACUAGGAUCCGGAAAGGCUUAACUUGCAACGUUGACAUUGACUAGCUCUAAACACCACUAACCGAUCAGUGCGCUUCACUAUGUCUGCCGUCUCGCACGGCGCUCGUCACCUGAGGCAAGGUAUCGGCGGAACCAAACACCAUGCCCCUGUGACUGGUUCUGCUCGGUCACUUCACAGCUCUGCGUUCAUUCCGCCACUACGAACGCCCCAGCCGUCCACUGCUCAACGAAUUUUUACAAACUCUCGUAACCUCGUCUCCAGAUUCUUUGCUCACUUAACUACUCCAGGACUUGCGCAUUCAGUUACAGUCGCUCCGAGUCACUCGCUUGUCCGUCCUGCUAACUUCCAUUCCACUGCUCAGAGCGUUAAAGCAUCGUACUCGCUCCCCGUGAGAAAUGCCCUUUACCGCCCAUUAUCUUUACCACGCCUUCCUCGUCCGACUCCCAUCCCCGGGAACGUAGCUAAUGUUGGUCUUGGCACUGCUCGUUCAUUCCAUUCUGCGCGCCCCAUAUUCCAGAAUCUCGUGGAUAACGUUCCUAUCACUACCCGUGCCCUUUGGGAGGCUGAAUGGGAACUCAAGGCAAAGAAGAAGGAGGAGCGCAAAUUCCGCAAAGCUAAGGAAAAUGUGGCACUUCCAAAGACCAAGGAGAUGCUCAAGCCAAAGCAGAAGCUCAUUGUUGCUGAAGCUGAAGUCCCCGCCGAAAUCGACAUCUCUGAGCUUGAUCAUUACAUGCCACAACCUGCUUUGCCGGAAGUAACGACUUACCUGCUCGUUCCUAUCGCUCCUACUCCCACCUCUCGUCUGCCCCUAUCUGCACAUUCUACCGUGGGAACUAGCUCAUUCCAUCCGCUUCUUCCUGUACCUGAAAUUGCUGCUGCGCAUAAGACGCAUCGUAAUCAUUCACUUCGCGUGUCCACCCUUUUUUCCCGAUUGGAUGCUGCGAACGUGUGGGACGACCCUGGCGUCGGCGUAGAUGCCUACGCCUUUGGUUCCAAUUUAGGAGAUGAUCCAGGCGAUAAACAGUGUACGAUACUGCGGGUUACAUUUGCAGGUUGGACAGCUGCCCAAGUGCGCAGCGUCACCGGAGAUAGCGGACAAGGAUGGUGUGCUUUCGAAGAAGUUUACUCAGAUGCUAUGUCUGCUUCCUCGCAGACGAGUACGAUCGAUGAAGAAGAAGUUUUAUCGAGUCCCGAGUCGGUUGCUUCCAGUAUCGAGCUCGAUCUAGCAUCCUUGUCAGAACUGGACUGCGACAAAGAUGCUGAUGUCAGUUCAGACAUUGAACUUGAUUCGGAUGAUUGGGACUAUGGGCUCGGGUUAUCGCCCUCUCCCGACGUGCAUGAGAACUUCGUUCUGCCAACGCUGGACUUUUCGUCGUCAUUUGCGCAGGUUGCAUCUCCUACCCAAUCAUGGGCUCCACCGCCGCAUAUUAUCCUUCGCACAGCGUCGGAGCUUGCCGAGGAGUUUGGCAAUGUGUGGUCCCCCACUUCAUCGUCUUCGCUCUCGCCGUCACCCUCGUACGACUGCCUGUCUGAUCGGGAGGUACAUGGAAUUUCACGUGUUGCAGAAAGCGAGAUGGAGAGAUCGUGGUUGAGGGUUAGCAUGGGGCUGAGCUCUUCGUUCGCUGAGAGACUUGAGGCGCUGCGAUAAUUGCCAAGAGAUUGAUCGGAUGUACGAAUCCGCGUUGCGUAUGCUACACGCUCUUUUCUUUUUUCCAUGUUUUCUUUCUUGAAUAUUCUGUACCAUUAGGAAGCUUUGAUCAUCGAUUCAAUGACUGAAAAUUAUGCGAGGAUUCUCACAACAAUCAAAGUUCAACG